AUGAAUACGAAGUUUUAUUUUCAAUUGGGUCAUUUUUUUCGUAUUGAUCACAUUGAAUUUAAUGAUAAUGAUCAAUUAUGCACGGUAGAAAUGAUAUUUAUCUUCGAUGAAUAUCAUUAUAUUGUUUCUAACGAUUAUAACUCAUUGAAAACAUAUAUGAUAGAAGAGAAAAUUCUCAAAGUUCGUAAUCUUCUAUCACACCAUAAUGAGCAAAGUAAAACAGAUAAAGUAAACAUUUUUUAUCAACAUUUCUUAAUAAAUAAUUUUAAUCCAAGUAUCAACGCAACAUGUCAAGUUGGUUUGGGUUGGCGAGCAUUUCAACAAAAAGAAUAUGAUAUAGCUAUUCAUUAUGUAGAGCAAGCUUUGAAUAUGUGCAAACAGUUAGAAACUGGUUCAUAUUUAGAUUAUUUAUAUGUAAUAAGUUAUUGUUGUAUUGGUGCUUUAUAUCGACAAAAUAAGGAUUAUACGAAUGCAUUGCAGUUUUAUAUGAAAGCAUAUAAGAUAGAUAAUAAGAUAAUUUCACAUGAUAAAUAUGCAUUCUAUAAUUUAUUUGUUCAUAUAAUUUCAAUAAAUAUAAUUUCAUUUUAUAAACUGACAACGUUGUAA